GGUGGCAUCCAAGACAAAAAUGAAAAGAACAGACCAUCUUUGAAAUCCCUGAAAACUGAUAAUAGGCUGGAAAAAUCCAAAUAUAAGCCUCUUUGUGGAAAAAUAUUUUACCUUGACUUGCCUUCCAUUACCAUAUGUGAAAAACUACAAAAGGACAUAAAGGAUCUCGGUGGGCGAGUUGAAGAAUUUCUCAGCAAAGAUAUCAGUUAUCUUGUUUCAAAUAAAAAGGAAGCAAAGUAUGCACAAACACUGGGUCAAGUUUCUCCUGUACCAAGUCCAGAGUCUGCAUAUACUGCAGAAACCACCUCACCUCAUCCCAGCCAUGAUGGAAGUUCCUUUAAGUCUCCAGACAGAGUAUGUUUGAGCCGAGGGAAGUUAUUAGCUGAAAAAGCUGUCAAGGAUCAUGAUUUUAUUCCUGCUAAUAGUAUAUUAUCAAAUGCCUUAACAUGGGGAGUAAAGAUUCUUCAUAUUGAUGACAUUAGAUACUACAUUGAACAGAAGAAGAAAGAGUUAUGUUCACUCAAGAAAUCAAGUACUUCUGUGAGGGAUUCGGGAAAAAAAGCUGGCACUACAAUACAAAAGGCGAGAACAGGGAGACUCAAAAAGCCUUUUUUAAAGGUUGAAGAUGUGAACCGGUCUUACAGGCCAUUCUACCUUCAGCUGACCAGUGUGCCUUCUAUAAACUAUGCUACGCACAAGCCUUGCAGCCCAUUUGACAUAGAGAAGCCAUCCAGCGUCCAAAAGCAAGCUCAGCCUAAACCCAGACCUAAUACGGAUGGUGAUAAAUGUGGUGGAACCCCAGUUCAACUCCAAUUGAAGGAAAAGAGAAAAAAAGGAUAUUGUGAAUGUUGCUUACAGAAAUACGAAGAUCUUGAAACUCACCUUUUGAGUGAGAAACACAAAAACUUCGCACAGAGUAACCAGUAUCAAGUUGUUGAUGAUAUUGUAUCUAAGUUAGUUUUUGAUUUUGUGGAAUAUGAGAGAGACACACCUAAAAAGAAAAGAAUAAAAUACAGCGUUGGCUCCUUUUCUUCUGUUUCUGCAAAUGUCCUGAAAAACACUGAACCAAAGGAGAAGCUACAGUUGGAGCCCAUUUUCCAGAAGGACAUGGUAGAAAGUAAUGGACAACUGCCUGAGGAGAUUUUUCAGUGUGAAGAUAUCCAGAAACCUGAACAAAGGCUUGUGUUGGCUUCAGAACCCAUGUCCUACUCUUCAACGGGAUUGAAAGGACGUGAUGAGAAAGCAGCCAGCAUGUUAAAUGCCAGUGAACCUGACAUAAAACAGAAGUUUACACAGCUACCUCCAUGUAAAAAUGAACAGGAAGGAAUUCUUGAUGUUUCUGAACAUAAAUUAAUUAUUAAUAGAAAUGAUUUAGAACAGAGGGUUGGUGACUCUGUAGGUGUGCCACGGUCAUGUGUACAAGUUUCUCAUCUCAGUCCAGAAAAUAGUCUACCCCAACCAAAAUUAACAGCAGAUACUACACAUUUUUCAGCAAAAGAUUUACAAGAAAAGGACCUUCAUUUUGUGUUUGGUCAUGAUUCUGAUCUGGUGACAUUAAAUACAUCAAAAGAACAGCUAACAGUGAAGGCCGGAACGCCAUCCUGUGGUCCUCAGCAGCCCAAUGAGUGUGACACGGAGAAUACAGAUAACUUGCCUUGUGGUAAGAUCCAGCGGAAAGUGAGACUGUUAUUAGGGCAGAAGAAAAAAAAUGUGGACCCAAGUGCUGAAUUGGAUAAAAAAAGAACUGAGUUUCUUCCUAUGUGUGAAGACAGAACUUGUGGGUCACCAGUACAGUCUCUACUGGACCUUUUUCAAACAAGCGGGGAGAAAUCAGAUUUUUUGGGGUUUACCAGCUACACUGAAAACAGUGGGCUAUGUGAUGUUUUAGAUGUUUGGGAGGAUGAAAAUUCAAGUAGUCUGCUCUCAACAUUUUUCUCUUCCCCUUCAGCUUCUACAUUCAUUGGAUUUUAGUAUUUAAUGUGUUUUUCAGAAGUGACAGUUUUAUUCUUGGAAUUUUUAUAAAUACAUAUAUAAUUCUUAGGAGUCUGCUUUUUGGUUUUGGUUUGUUCUUUGCCAGCUUUGUUGCUAGAACCAUAUGUAAAUACUAAGAUGAUGUUUAUAAUUUUUUACAGAAUUGAGUAGCUGUUACAAAUUAUACAAUAAAAUCUUGUGAUUUAUUUUACAUAC